CGUCUCUAUCUCACCAUGGUAGAAGCAUCGUGCACAGGCGUGCAUGGUAAUGACGUGAGGGUAGGCCAAAGUACCACCACCACCACCUUCACCACCACUGCAGCAAUGGCGGCAAGAAUGUGGAUGGUGUGGGCGGUAUGGGCAGCGGCGGUGGUUGCGGUGACUUGGGUGCCGACAGUCGGGGCGACGGCCCUCAGAGGACCCAAUGUCUGCAACAAACAAGAAACGUACACAAGUUUUGUGAAUGUGUCUUACUCCAAAGCCUACCAAGUUCGGACGUACACAUUCUGCCUAAGUAUUCCACCCAAAUGCUCCAAGUACAAGAUAGCUUACAAGACAUCAUUUAAAAGACAGAGUCAGACCAAGACAAGAACUGUAAAUGUGUGUUGCUCAGGGUACACCAGAGUGCCAGCUGAGGACAGGUGUAUGCCCAUCUGCUCCCAGGACUGUAUACAUGGAAUUUGCAUCAAGCCAGACGAGUGCCGUUGUGAGGCUGGCUACUCAGGCCCUAGCUGUAAUAUAACGUGUCCUGAGGGGAAAUGGGGAGUGGGGUGCAUCCAUGACUGUCCAUGCCUCCAUGAAGGGAAGUGUGACCCACUGUAUGGGAACUGUUCCUGUCACGCUGGCUGGAUUGGACCAUACUGUGAAGAAAAGUGUCAAGAAGGAUACUAUGGAGUGGAUUGCAAAGACCGGUGUCGCUGUCAGAACGGUGGGACGUGUGACCAUGUAUCUGGUGCAUGUCGCUGCCCCCCAGGCUGGACAGGACCACUAUGUGAAAAAUCAUGCCCUGAGGGAACACAUGGUGCUGCCUGCAGCAGCAAGUGUCAGUGUCAAAAUGGUGGCCACUGUGAUCCUGUGACGGGGAAAUGCCAGUGUCCUGCAGGAUGGACGGGAGAUGUUUGUGCAAAUCCAUGUCCUCAAGGUACUUGGGGUUACAAUUGCUCUGAACAGUGUGAUUGCUACAAUUCUGCUACUUGUGAUCAUAAAACUGGCCGCUGUAAAUGCCCAUCAGGUUACAUCGGCAACAAGUGUCAAGAUGAAUGUCCACUAGGCACCUAUGGUGUAAACUGUACGGAGACUUGUUCAUGUUACAAUGGAGCAACAUGUUCACACAUAAGUGGCCGUUGUUUCUGCAAAGAAGGUUGGCUGGGAACUCAGUGUUCCAUACCUGCUUGUCCACCAAACCAGUAUGGUCCAGGCUGUUCACAUAUUUGUUCAUGUGAAAAGGAUAAUACUGAAAGAUGUCAUCCAUGGACUGGAGCCUGUGAGUGUAAGGCUGGAUGGGCAGGAGAGACUUGUACAAGAGCAUGUCCUUUCUACAAGUAUGGAGAGAAAUGUGCUCAAAGUUGUCAAUGUAGAAAUGGAGCAUUCUGCGAUCCAGUUGAUGGCACCUGUAUAUGUGCACCAGGCUACCAUGGGGCACUAUGUGAUGAACACUGUCCAAAGUUUAAAUACGGACAAAAAUGUGAGCUUGACUGUCGGUGUGAUAAUUCAUAUGGCUGUUCACAUGAGUCAGGAAAGUGUUUCUGCAAACCAGGAUGGGAAGGACAACAGUGCUCUCUCACUUGUCCACUUGGAAGUUAUGGAGAGAAUUGUUCUAAAACAUGCGACUGUCUCAACAAUGGAUCAUGUGAUCCCGUGACAGGAGAGUGUACCUGUGGCCCUGGACAUUAUGGAGAGAAAUGUGAAAAAACUUGUAGACAAGGACAUCAUGGAAUGGCUUGUGUGAAUGUCUGUGCCUGUGUUGGGCCUCAUGUGGAAGGCUGUGAUGCUGAAACUGGCAGGUGUAUAUGCAAGCCUGGCUUUAGAGGUGUCAGUUGUCAGUCACACUGCCCUCGUGGCCUCUAUGGAGAAUCAUGUUUAAAGAAAUGCGACUGCAAGAACAAUGGAUCCUGCAACCUUCAGACAGGGAAAUGUGUAUGUGAGCGUGGAUGGCAUGGAGCCGACUGUAAUACUCCCUGUCGGCCAGGAAAAUAUGGAGUAAAUUGUAAUCAGGACUGUCCUUCUUGUGUGCAUGGAAAUGGAACAUGUCACCCCCAGCUAGGGACCUGUGUGUGCAAGGCUGGAUGGCACGGUCCUCGCUGUGACCGCACAUGUGCACCAGGUACCUGGGGAAUUGGCUGUGCUAAUACUUGCAAGUGUCGCAAUGGGGCGGGAUGCAAUCAUGAAACAGGUCAAUGUCUGUGUUUGCCAGGCUGGAGAGGAACAGACUGUUCUCAGCCUUGUCCUCCAGGAAGUUUUGGUUAUAACUGCCUUCAGACCUGUCACUGUCGUAAUCAUGCAUCUUGUCGAGGAAGUGAUGGCUUCUGUGAAUGCAAGCCAGGAUGGAUGGGAUUUGGAUGCACUCAAACCUGCCCUGAAGGUUCUUUUGGUCGUCAAUGCUUCAAUGUUUGCAACUGCAGUACAGAAAACUCUAUUUGCCAUCCUGUCCAAGGUUGUAAGUGCCGCUAUGGAUUUGAAGGAGACAUGUGUGACAUCCCCAUCACUAGCCCAAUAUUCAAAGACAAAGACCCCGUCCUGCCUAGGCAGUCAACAUCUAACAAUGCUGGACUCAUUGUGGGUGUUGUCUCUAUCAUCCUAAUCACUGUUGUAAUUGCUAUCAUCAUCUACUACAGGCGGCGACUGGUGCGUCUGAAGCGUGAGUUAGCGGUGGUGCAGUACAUUGCUGAUCCAGCAGCUACAGAACGUCCCAGGCCUUCUGAGAACCGAGACAGUGCAAAGCUACGUUCUUCUUCUACUAAGCUUUCACAAAAGUCUGACCAACACCACUUUGACAAUCCUGUUUAUGCUUACCAGUCGGUGAGCAAAUCACAACCCAACCUACUUGAAAAUGGUAAUUUAAAUAAUGGUGUCACCAUCAAGAAUAAUCUCUCACUCAAGGAUGAUAAAAAUAGAGAGUGGGAGAAACUGGGCACCUUCACUUUUCAUGAUGAUGCAUGCAGUUUAGGAGCAGUUGGGGGUCACUAUGAUGUGCCAUCAACACUACAACGACAAGCUCGUGUAAAAGCAUUAGAAGCAGAUGCUACAAAUCCAAAUCUUAAUAUUUACCACUCUAUUGAGAGCCUGAAAGACAAUCGUCUUGUGGAGCAUGUGUACGAUGAGAUAAAACAGCGGCCACCACCACAAAAAGAUCCAGAAUGUGAAUAUGACCACUUGACAUAUUCACGUCCACUGGGUGAAGUGAAGCCACACUACUACACUAUGGCAUCCCAGUUGCAUAGGUCAGCUGACCAGCUGGCUGAGGAGGUAUUACCCAAUGGGAAGCCAGCUGCUGGGACAAGUAAAAAGUGCCAUUCCCCUCAUUCAUCAUCAUCAUCAUCCAAUGAGCUGAACAUUUCUAGGCCUGAGGUCAACAUGGACAAUACUGAAUGCCAAUCUCAGAAUGCCAGUGAUGUGCCAAAAGUGAGUAACCUCAAUGUUGGUGCCAGUGAUGAUGAGUAUGCAAGAUUGAAAGUCAACAACUUUGAUGUUUCAAUGGAUACUGGAAAGCAUGAUGCUUAUGCAAAAUUUGAAGAAGACUUCAAUAAGACUUUGUCAUCAGGAAUUGAAGAUUCUGACAACAGUCACAUGAGUGUUACAGAAACAGAAGUUUUUUCAUCAGAAAAAGACAAUUAACUUCAUUUCUGCAUUUGCCAAGUGGACAGCUGAAAAUAGAGGUAAACACAUACACUAGUAAAUGAAGUGUUCUGACAAUAUACUGAUAUGAGUGAUAAAUGGUUGCUGGCAUGGAAAAAAAAAAUGUGUAAUAAAGGUCUUCAGAGCCUUUGAAAGAUACAUGUAACAUAAUUUUGGUGUGGUAAAGCAUCAGUUCAUCGACUAUUGUUGCUUUUACCACUGACAUAUAUAUAUAUAUAUAUAUAUAUAUAUAUAUAUAUAUAUAUAUAUAUAUAUAUAUAUAUAUAUAUAUAUAUAUUAUAAACACUUUUGUGAUGUUGAUCUUGUACAGAUGAAAAGUUUUUAGUGUACAUAUGAAAGCGAUACCUUUACUACAAUAGAAGACAGUAGUGCUCCAUCCAUAGUGAUAACUGGUUGUGUUGAGAGUUUUUAUGAGGGUGAGGCAAAUCCCUUAUCAUGGCCUUCAUUCAUGUAGGUAAUGAAAAAUUAUCCAGUGUUGGAAAAAAAACUUUUGAUACAUACUUCUUGGGCAUUGAGAAUUGUCCCUGUAUAGUGAAUAGUUAUUGGGGGUGUCACAAAGAACUUUUUAUCAUAUUUAAUAAUUUUUGUGAGUUAUUUUCUCACUUUUUACAUAACUACUGACUUGAUUUGAUUUGUUUUGAAAGUUAACAAUUUGAUUUUAUGUUAUGAAAGUUAACAGACAAAAAAUUGUAAACUCUUUUAGAUAUUUUAAUGUUAAUUAAUGAGUUUGAAAUCUCAAUUCUGAAUGAGAAGCUGGUCAUGUAUCAGCUGCUGAUUACAUGCUUUACUGAAUAUGUACAGAAUUUGAGAAGCUUAUGACAGCUGUUGAGAUACUUUACAUGCAACAAGGAUUGAAUUAAUUAAAUUAGACCAAUAUAUUUACUUCCUUUCUUUUUAACAAUUUCAAUUGUUUAUAUCUGAUGUAUUUUACUACAGCUUUUAACUUUAUUAAAAUCAAUGAUGUAAAAAUAUAUAAACAUAUAUGUUUUGUACUUUAUGAUAUUGCACAUUUUGGAAAGUAAUAACAUUGUAUACCCAAAAUCUUAUUUUGUAUAUCUUAUAUGCUGUUUUCUGCAACCAACUGGAAUGAGUUGUGUGAACAGAGCGACACAUCACUUUCAACCUCCUAUUUCAGGGGCCUGUGUGUAAUAGGAUUAACCAGAUUACCAGAGAUGUUAUUAUUUCUCUGUUCACAAGUCAUAUAUCAAUAGACCAACAUUUUAUUUCUUGUUUCAGAUGAUUGUUUUGAAGAUUAUAGAAAAAGCAGUAUAAGUAUUUUUUGAUGAAUACAAAUUACAUAAAUAAACAUCACGAUUUUUUGCUUUGUGUUCCCAAAAAUCAAUAGAAUAUGAAGGUGUAUGUUUAAGAAAAAGUGUCCAAUUAUAGGUAAAAAAAAAAUCCCAAACAAAGUUACUAGAACAUCACUUUAUUUUUUGCAUGAUAUGCCCAUCUUUCCUCAAUGAGCAUAUUACACAAGGAACAUUCUGAAAGAAUGUAAGACCUCAAGCAAAACCUCAAUAUCUGAAAUAUGACUUAUUCCAUUACACUAUUCCAUGAAGUUAGCCCAAAGCCAUCAACUUCUCUGUCAGUUGCACAAUAUCUCUCUCUCUCUCUCUCUCUCUCUCUCUCUCUCUCUCUCUCUCUCUCUCUCUCUCUCUCUCUCUCUCUCUCUCUCUCU